AUGAGAGGUUGGAGAUCCGGUGCAGCUGCACCAGGCGUCUGUGCAUUUCGCACUCCUGGCGACCAACAUGAUGUAAUCGCCAACCCCUUCCAAGACACAAAAGCGCGCAUUUCCGAAUUCACAGCCAGCGAAAUCGCGACAUUACAAUCGCGACUCGAGAAGCAACUUGGCCCCGAGUAUCUAUCAGCCCGCAGUGGUCCCUCAGGCCAGAAGGUGCAUUACAUCCCGGCGGAAAAAUGCAUCGCUCUCGCAAAUGAGGUAUUCGGCUUCAACGGGUGGUCAUCUAGCGUCCAGAACAUCCAGGUCGACUUUGUGGACGAGAACACGCAGACCGGGAAGAUCUCCCUCGGUUUGUCCGUCAUUAUGCGCAUCACUCUACGCGACGGGACGUUUCAUGAAGACAUCGGGUACGGGCACAUCGAAAACUGCAAGGGCAAGGCCGCUGCGUUUGAGAAGGCCAAGAAAGAGGGCACCACGGAUGCGCUCAAAAGAUCGUUACGGAAUUUUGGCAACGUGCUUGGAAAUUGCAUAUACGAUAAAGACUACCUGUCUAAGGUGACCAAGAUGAAGGUUACCCCGACGAGAUUUGACGAGAGGAACUUGCAUCGGCACUCGGAUUUCGCAAAGGAACCGGAAAUGAGGAUUGAGUCAAAAUCCGAGGCCUUGCCCGAGCCGAAAGGCGAGGUCCAGAAGGCUGGAACAGUUGCGACGAUGCCGAAUGUUUCUUCAGUUGAGUCGCUAGACGAUGAUUUUGGAGACUUUGACAUGGCCGACUUUGGUGUCACGGACGAGGGCCACCCCGAUGAAGUGAUGUUGCCCGCAUCUCAUGAGGCAAACUCAAAUGACAAGCCUCAAAUUGCGCCCAAUGACCAAAGUAGACCCUCCUCCAACAGUGUCAACAGUCUGCCAAAACCAAUACAACCACCUUCACGAGCGCUCACCAGAAGUGUUUCCAAUGGCAACCCUCCGCCCAGGCAACAGCCCUAUACACCCCAGCCAGCACAACGAGCGGGCGCACCAAUGCAAAACCGGCCGAACGGACAACAACAAGCUAAACCUCCCAACCCUCCUAACGGCAAUUCUGGGGUGACAACGCCAGGCCAGGCAAAUGGUGAAGCAGCGCCCGCUGUUGGGUUUCUAUCAGCUCGGUCUGCAACACUAUUACAACAGGACGAUAUUCCACCUGGGGCUGCACCCAUAGUUGUCAAUGGAUCAAAACUUUUCGACCCACGAGCUGAGAGCCCUUCUAUUCGAAAGACGCCAGGCAUCGACCACCGAACCUCGAAACCUGUUGGCAGGAAUGGUCAGCACGUUCCCCCCGCGAAAAAGGACGAAGAACCAGUGCGCGCGGUCAGCUCCGUUGGUGUUGCCGGGUUCACUGCCGGUAACGGAGCACCUGCCGCGGCUGGAAGACCAAGCACGGGCAAUGUAGUGAACCCAGCCCUCAACCAGACCCGACAGAUUGGUGCUCCUGGCGGAGCCAGCCCGAUGAACAGAGGCCAGUUUCGGCAGCCUUUGAAGCGGCCAACCGCGGGCGGGAAUGGGAGUACCCGAACGCCCCUGAACGAGGUCUCUACGAAUGGGACAGCCAACGCAGGAGCUGGGGCUGGAGCUGGACCAGAUGCGAAGAGACAGAAGAUGGGCUAA